CUUAUUAAUUUAAAAGUACUGUACAGUACUCGUAUCAUACAGCAGCACACUUUUGCCACUUUGCCUUUGCCUCGUAUACCAUGCACUGUAAAGUGUAAAAUAUCGACUUGUUACGAUUUUAGAACCAGCUUCUUAUCGUUAAAAGUUAAAACUUAAAACUUAAAGACCUUCCUGACUUUUAAUUGAUAAUCUACUUUCUGUUAGUUUUUGUUAGCCAUUAGACAGCUCAAUCAUUAGCUGCGCUUCCCUGAAUAUUCCGUUUGGGACUGACUGACUCUUUAUCAUCCUUAUUUCCUACGCGAUGUCGAAGCCGAACAGUUUUACAGAUCCUCUUCCUGAAUGUCCCGCUGACGCUGUGGAAUUUCUACGCGGACUGCGGGAUCUGCAGUCGACGGGCGCCUUCUGUGAUGUUGUCUUGAAAGGCAACGGCGAAUCCUCGGUGGGCAUUCCGUGCCAUCGUAGUGUGCUCAGCGUGCAGAGCCCCUAUUUUCGCGCCAUCUUUACUCACAACUGGAAAGAGUCAUCCGAGCCAGAAUUCCAGCUACGAAACAUCGAUAACCGCACGUUGAACGAGUUGGUAAUGUAUGCCUACACGAUGGAUCUGAGCCUCAGCGAUGACAACGUGGUGCCCGUGUUGAUUGCUGCGCAGUUUCUGCAAAUGACUCCAGUGGCCAGACUCUGCUGGGCAUACUUGGAGAAGCACAUGAGCCUGUCCAACUGUCUGACCGUCCACGCUCUGGCUUCUCAGCACCACAAUCCCCGUCUGUCUCACACAGCGCUGGCCUUAAUCCAUCCAAAUUUCCUGCGCUUGGCGCAAAGCCAGGACUUCCUGCAGAUGGACGCGCAACAGCUGACUGCGCUGAUCGCAUCGGAUGAAGUGGAAGUCUUCAGUGAGGAUGAGGUAUUGGAAGCUGUGCUGCGCUGGUUGGAUUACGACCGCGCCCGACGGUUGGCGCACGUGCCCACAGUCCUGCAUAGUGUUCGCGCUAUCUUCCUGAGCGUCCCGUCUCGACAGGAGUACGAUGAGGCCCUGGCUGGUGCACCGACGGGCAUGCCACCGUGUCCGUCCGGAAUGUUCGGUGAAUGGACCGGCGGAAUGACACUGAACACCACCCCGCGGCCUUCUUUCGGUGCGCAGGAAGUGAUCGUCUGUGUGGGCGGUGGCGAUGAUAAUGAGGAUGGAGCUACGGUGGAGGUUUUCAAUCCGUUGAUCCCGGCAGUAUGGCGCCUGAAAGAAUUGGAUAUGUUCGCGGAUUGCUUGAAUGCAGUUAUGAUGGACGAUCGUUGGAUGAUGAUCUCCAGCAUGCGUGGUUUAAAGACCGUUAAACGCAACAGCCGCUACACGGGCCUGCGUGGCAAGUGGGGACCGCCCGUGGCCGACAUGCAGACACUGCGCCACUCAGAAGGUUUGGCUGCCCUGAAUGGUCGCGUUUAUGCGGCCGGUGGCUAUAUACCUUUUGGUGACCCAGUGUCGUCCGUGGAAGCAUAUGAUUUCAAAAGCAAUUCCUGGAGUGCGGUAGCCGCUCUGCCUGUUGGUGUUAUGGGCUUGGAGAUAGUGACAUGGAACGGGAAGUUGUACGCAUUCGGUGGGGAAAUCGAAGAGGGAAACGGUAGCAGUUUGGCGCUGGCCUACGACCCCGAAGCAGAUAACUGGGCGCGACUGGCCGACAUGCCCACUGCACGUUACGGUUGCGCUGCGUGUGUGGCGCCCAGCGGGCUGAUUUACGUUGUCGGUGGAGAAUUAAACGACCAGUACUCUGCGCUCGUGGAGGCUUACAACCCCGUCACCAAUCAGUGGCAGAGGAAAGGGGAUUUGGUCCAACCGCGCUGGUUGCCGGGGUGUAUAUCUCUUGACGGGAAACUCUUCGUUCUGGGUGGGGCGGGACCGAAAGGUGUUGAAAGGGACACCAUCGAAGUAUACGACCCCGAUGCGGAUUGUUGGAAGCUUCAUGAAUGCCGGCUAUCGUCUGGCAACUUUGGUUUCGGCUGCGUAAAGAUGAAACUGAAGUCAGCUUGACGUUGCUUUUCCGUCCUCGUUUUUUUAUGAGUUUUGUCUCUAAUUUGGUGGCAUUUUGGAUGUUUUGGGUGAAGAUUUCCCAGAUGCUAAGACCAUUAUUCUAGGUUAUUCGUUUCUGCUCCAGAGAUUUUACCAUGAAUUUAAAUAUCGUUCGGAGGAUCUUUUGUAGACCAAAUUUGUCAGCCGUGUUUCAGUAAAUAACUGGAAUAACAAG